AUGGCUCUGCCAUGUGGCCUAGUCAAACAGUCCCCCGGUUGGAUUGUUUCCCCGGCGGGGUUCGUCCCGGAUUCCGAGGAAAUUCGGGGCGGGUCUUGUCAACUUGGUAUCAGAGCAUUAGGUUCAUUUUCCUUUGACCUUUGCGCUUUUGCCGCAUUGUUGAAGCUAAUGAUUCUAUGGUUUCCUUUGUGUAGAAUCAUGCAUCCUCAGCGUCCUAGAACGAGGGGUGGUCGUGUUCCGAGACGGGGAGCAAAUACUCCACCUUCCCCGCCACUACCCUCUCCACCUCCUUCACCUCCAUCUUCACCAUCUCCACCUACCGAGGAGCAUGAUGGAGAAAAUGAGCCCGGCUUGCGACAUCUCUUAUCUCGGUUCACCCGCACUAUGUCUAAUGCCUUACAUGGGAGACGGAAUGUUGAAGGUUUGGACAUAAAGAGGGUAAAGGACCUGGGAGCAAAAGAGUUUUAUGGUAGUAUUGAUCCUGCUGAGGCUGAUGCUUGGCUUACAGAGGUCGAGCGGAUAUUUGAAGUUCUCCAGUGUCCUGAUGGAGAUAAGGUUCGCUUGGCUACCUUCCUGUUAAAGGGGAAUGCAUACCAUUGGUGGAAGACAGUUCGAAGAGGGUCUGCAAACCCUGCUGCCCUUACUUGGGAAGAGUUCCAAAGGGCGUUCUUUGAUCAGUUUUACCCGCAUACUUACAAGACUACGAAGAAGGCUGAGUUUCUGCACCUGAGGCAGGGUUCCAUGUCAGUGUUCGAGUAUGAGCACAAAUUUAAUGAGCUGUCCCGGUUUGCACCUGAGUUGGUAACCACAGAAGCAGAGAAGUGCCUUCGUUUUGAAGAGGGUCUGUGGCUAGAUAUUCAGGCGGUGGUCACUGCUACGACGUAUCCUACCAUGAGAACCUUGGCCCAAGCAGCAGACAGGGUGGCGAAGGCGUACAGUCUGGGUGCAGGUAUUGGUAGGCGUCGCAGAGACUCAUCUGGUUUUGGUGGGCCCAGCCAAGGUCCAUCAAAGAGAGGUGGAUCCAGCUCUAGUUCUGCAAGCAGUGGUUGGUCCGGAGGACGUGGAACCGGUUCUGGCAGUGGGGGGUCUGGCUCUCGACCAUUCUGGAGCCAGUCCUCAGGACAACAAUCCGUGGGUAGCACCGCCAGAGAUUCUCAGAGGCCAUUUACUGUAACUUGUUAUAGUUGUGGGCAAGUUGGACAUGUGCGAAAGAAUUGCCCAAACCAGGGGCAGGCGAGUGGCUCUGGGCAAAGGAGCGGAGUGACUUGUUUCCAGUGUGGGCAGGUAGGGCACUAUAAGAGUGAGUGCCCCCUUGCUGUUGGUAGUAUUGCUGCAAAGGAGACUGGGGCCCAGCGGGGGCAAGGCAGCAAAGCUCAGGGUCAGACACAGAGUGGUGCAUCGUCGUCUGCAGCGGGUUCGUCGUCGAGUAGUGGAGUGCAGUCCACGUUUCGGGGCAGAGGCGAUAGGGGUCAGAGGGGUCAGUCUGGACGCUCUACUACGCAAGCCCGUGUAUUCUCGAUGACACAGCAAGAGGCGCAGGCUACACCCGAUGUUAUCACUGGUAUGAUCCCUAUUUUCGGUUACUUUGCUCGUGUUUUGAUAGAUCCCGGGGCCACCCAUUCUUUUAUCGCCUAUAGUUUCUUACCUUAUGCCAGUGUUAGAUCGACACCCAUGGCAGAGAAUUUGAGUAUCUCAUUACCUACGGGCGAUGUUUUGUUUGCGGACAUGGUUUUCAAGGAUUGUGAUGUCCAAGUGGGUGAUGCCAUGUUGGAAGCUGAUUUGAUUCCCUUGGAAUUAGUUGACCUUGACAUUAUCUUGGGAAUGGAUUGGCUGGAAAAGCAUCGUGCGUCGGUAGAUUGUUUUCGGAAAGAGGUUGUGUUCAGAAGUCCUGGACAACCUGAAGCAAUAUUCCAAGGAGAGCGUAGAGUUCUCUCAUCUUGUCUGAUUUCCGCCAUAAGGGCAAAACGAUUACUCAAGAAGGGUUGUGUGGGGUACUUAGCUCAUAUCAUUGAUACUCAGGGGUCCACUUUGAAUCUGGAAGAUAUUCCUGUGGUUUGUGAAUUUUCAGAUGUCUUUCCUGAUGAUCUUCCUGGUUUGCCUCCCCAGAGAGAAACCGAAUUUACUAUUGAACUUCUUCCAGGAACGAAUCCAAUUCAUCAAGCUCCUUAUAGAAUGGCACCAGCAGAGUUGCGUGAGUUGAAGACGCAAUUGCAGGAGUUGGUGGAUCUUUGGUUCAUUCGACCUAGUGUUUCCCCUUGGGGUGCACCGGUAUUAUUUGUGAAGAAGAAGGAUGGAAGCAUGAGGCUUUGUAUUGAUUACAGGCAGUUGAACAAGGUGACAGUGCGUAAUCGAUAUCCUUUGCCUCGAAUUGACGACUUGUUUGAUCAGUUGAAGGGUGCCAAGUACUUUUCCAAGAUUGAUCUGAGAUCAGGAUAUCAUCAACUCAGAGUACGGGAAGAUGAUAUUCCUAAGACAGCAUUCAGAACUCGUUACGGCCAUUACGAGUUCUUGGUGAUGCCUUUCGGAUUGACAAAUGCUCCAGCAGCGUUUAUGGAUCUCAUGAACAGAGUGUUCCGACCUUAUUUGGAUCACUUUGUGAUUGUGUUCAUAGACGACAUCCUAAUUUAUUCCCGAACUUUGGAGGGUCAUAAAAAACAUUUGAGGCUGAUAUUGAAAACUUUGAGAAGGAAGCAGCUUUAUGCCAAGUUCAGUAAAUGUCAAUUUUGGUUGGAUAGAGUGGACUUCCUUGGACAUGUGAUAUCAGCAGAAGGAAUUUAUGUGGACCCUCGUAAGGUAGAAGCAGUCGUGAAUUGGGUGCAACCCACAAGUGUAACAGAGAUACGGAGUUUCCUAGGGUUAGCAGGCUACUAUCGUCGGUUUGUAGAAGGGUUCUCUUCGAUAGCAGCACCUCUUACUCGGUUGACGAGGAAGGAUGUUAAGUUUGAGUGGACGGAGGAGUGCGAGCAGAGUUUUCAGGAGUUGAAAAAGCGGUUAACCACCGCACCUGUUUUGGCUCUUCCGGAUAACUCGGGGAACUUUGUGAUCUAUAGUGACGCAUCUUUACAAGGCUUGGGAUGUGUUCUGAUGCAACAUGAUCAGGUAAUUGCUUAUGCCUCAAGGCAACUCAAGAAGCAUGAGCAGAAUUAUCCUGUCCAUGACUUGGAACUUGCCGCAGUGGUGUUCGCUCUCAAAAUCUGGCGGGAUUAUCUGUAUGGUGAGACGUGUCAGAUUUUCACCGAUCACAAGAGCCUCAAGUACUUUUUCACUCAGAGGGAGUUGAAUAUGAGACAGCGGCGUUGGCUGGAAUUGAUUAAGGAUUAUGACUGUACGAUUGAGUAUCAUCCCGGUCGAGCUAAUGUGGUAGCCGAUGCACUAAGUCGGAAUGUUGGUGGAAGUCUAGCUCAUCUCAGAAUGGCCUAUCUUCCGUUGUUGGUAGAACUGCGGAAGGAUGGUGUAGAUUUGGAGAUGACUCCUCGGGGAGGAAUACUUGCUAGUGUGCAUGUGAGGCCUAUUCUGGUUGAGCGGGUGAUUGCAGCACAAUUGGGAGAUCCUAAUCUUUGUGUGAUAAGAUCGGAAGUAGAAAAUGGUACACGGACGGAUUACGCAAUAAGGAAGGAUGGAGCUUUGGUGACUGGAACUCGUCUUUGUGUACCCAAGAACCAUGACGACUUGAGAAGGGAAAUCAUGGAAGAAGCUCAUUGUUCUACUUACUCUAUGCAUCCGGGUAGUACUAAGAUGUAUCGGACUUUACGUGAGUACUACUCGUGGCCGCAUAUGAAGGGAGAUAUUGCUCAGUAUGUGAGCAAGUGUUUGAUUUGUCAACAAGUGAAAGCGGAACGGCAGAAACCGUCCGGACUCAUGCAACCACUUCCGAUCCCUGAAUGGAAGUGGGAGCUUAUCACAAUGGACUUCGUUUUCAAACUCCCACGUACUUCAAAGGGGUAUGACGGAAUUUGGGUGAUAGUUGACCGACUCACCAAAUCCGCCCAUUUUCUACCUAUAAAGGAAACCUAUUCUUUGUCAAGGCUGGCAAAACUCUUUGUGGAUGAGAUCGUGAGAUUGCAUGGAGCUCCUGUGUCUAUUGUAUCGGACAGGGAUGCAAGGUUCACAUCUCAUUUCUGGAAGUGUUUAAAUGAGGCUAUGGGUACGAAGUUACAUUUUAGUACUGCUUUUCACCCACAGACUGAUGGACAGUCGGAAAGAACCAUUCAGACCUUGGAAGACAUGUUAAGGUCUUGUGUUUUACAACUGAAAGACAGUUGGGAUACUCACCUUGCAUUGGUGGAAUUUGCUUAUAACAACAGUUACCAUUCGAGCAUUGAGAUGGCUCCAUAUGAGGCUCUGUAUGGAAGAAUGUGUAGAACUCCUGUUUGUUGGAAUGAAGUGGGUGAAAGAAAGUUGGAAAAGGUAGAUAGUAUCCGAGCCACAACUGAGAAGGUGAAAAUGAUUAGAGAGAAGUUGAAAACCGCACAAGAUCGACAGAAGAGUUAUGCGGACAACAGGUCCAAGGAUCUUGAGUUUGCAGUGGGGGAUUGGGUGUUUCUAAAGUUAUCUCCAUGGAAGGGUGUGAUGAGGUUCGGUAAACGCGGGAAGUUAAGCCCUCGUUAUAUUGGACCUUAUGAGAUUACUGAACGCAUUGGACCAGUUGCCUAUAGACUUGCCUUACCUAUAGAACUAUCUCGGAUCCAUGACGUGUUUCAUGUAUCCAUGUUAAGGAAGUACAUGCCUGAUCCUUCUCAUGUUUUAGAGCACCAACCUAUGGAGUUGAGUGAAGAUUUGACAUAUGAGGAGCAACCUGUACAGAUCUUGGACAGGAAGGAGCAAAGGUUGCGCUCUAGAUCCAUUCCUGUAGUGAAGGUAUUAUGGAGAAGUCAAACUGUUGAAGAGGCUACUUGGGAACCCGAGGCGCAAAUGCGGACCCAGUACCCUUAUCUCUUCAAUUGA